AGAUUACCAUCGAAUUUUAGUAUAUAAAUGGAUACGAUAAACACAACUGUCAACAAAAGAAAGCAAAAGGGAGAGGACAUGGGUGACGUAAGUAAUGGAAAGACGAACUCCAAUUCAAGGAGGAUUCCUAACAUAAAGUUUACAAAGCUUUUCAUCAAUGGCGAUUUUGUGGAUUCCAUUUCAGGCAAAACAUUUGAGACAAUAGACCCGAGCUCAGAAGAAGUGAUUGCAAAAAUUGCCGAAGGUGAUAAAGAGGACAUCGACUUGGCGGUGAAAGCUGCACGGCAAGCUUUUGAUCACGGUUCAUGGCCUCGCAUGCCAGGAUGUGAGAGGGGUAAAAUAAUGAACAAAUUUGCAGAUUUAAUCGAUGAAAACCUUGAAGAACUAGCGGCAUUGGAAACAUUUGACGUGGGAAAAGUUUAUAGUUUUGAAACCAACGUGGACAUUCCAAGUAUAUCCAAAGAACUACGAUAUUUUGCUGGUUCUGCUGAUAAAAUUCAUGGUAAAACUUUAAAAUUGUCUAGCGAAUUUCAAGGAUACACUUUGUUGGAACCGAUUGGUGUAGUCGGUCUUAUAAUACCAUGGAACUUCCCAAGUGCCAUGUUUGUUCUUAAAUGUGCACCGGCUCUAGCCGCUGGUUGCACCAUGGUCAUUAAACCCGCUGAACAAGCACCCCUCGCGGCUCUUUACUUGGCACAUUUGGCUAAACUGGCGGGGAUCCCAAAUGGGGUCCUUAAUGUUGUGACCGGAUUUGGAGAUACAUCCGGUGCUGCUGUUGCAUCACAUAUGGACAUAGAUUGUGUUAGUUUCACCGGGUCAACUGAGGUCGGGCGACUAGUAAUGCAGGCUGCGGCUACAAGCAAUCUGAAAACCGUUUCUCUUGAACUCGGGGGUAAAUCACCUCUCUUGAUCUUUGAUGAUGCUAAUGUUAAUCAAGCGGCUGAUCUUGCACUCCUCGGGAGUCUUGCUAACAAGGGAGAAAUUUGUGUAUGUAGUUCUCGUGUUUUCGUUCAAGAAGGGAUAUAUGAUAAGCUUGUGGAAAACCUGGUCGAGAAGUUGAAAACAUGGGUCGUAGGGGAUCCGUUUGAUCCCUCCACUCAUCAAGGACCACAGGUUGAUAAGGAACAAUAUGAGAAAGUACUCUCAUAUAUUGAUCAAGGUAAGAGAGAAGGUGCAUCAUUGCUAAUUGGUGGGAAGCCUUGUGGAAAAAAGGGAUACUAUAUUGAACCAACAAUCUUCGAAAAUGUUACGGAUGACAUGCUUAUUGCAAAUGAUGAGAUAUUUGGUCCAGUUAUGUGUCUUAUGAAGUUCAAAACAAUUGAGGAGGCCAUUGGAAGAGCGAACGCGACUAAAUAUGGUUUGGCAGCUGGAAUUGUGACUAAUGACCUGAACAUAGCCAAUAGGGUAUCUAGGUCAAUUCGAGCUGGGAUAAUUUGGAUAAACUGUUACCAUAAUUUCGACUCCGGGUGCCCAAUUGGUGGAUACAAAAUGAGUGGGUUCGGGAAGGAUCAUGGUGUUGAAGCCCUUGAAAAGUAUCUUCAAAACAAAGCUGUUGUCACACCUAUUUACCAUUCGCCAUGGUUGUAAAUAUUUACAGUUUUAAUGAUUUGUUUGCUUGUUUGUUUCAUUUGGGCUAAUUUCGAACACUAUUGCAUAUUUAUGGUAUUUCGAGUGGUCUAUGGGCCUAAUUCAAUCUCCUUAGUUGUGUGGG